UUUAGCUAAGAUGGUUCUGGAUUUUGAGAACCAUGUUGAGGAGCCGACACAGGCUAGCAUUCAGGGCAUUGUGAAUCUAGAUGAUGAUUCACUAGGUACUGAAUUCUGGAAAUCAACCGCGGAUAAAGUAGAUGUUGUUGAAGAAGAUGUCAAUGCGACUAAGGAAUCAGUGUUGCACCUUCAGAAUGUUAAUGCAAAUGAUUGUCACCCGGAAGACCAACCAUGGAGCCAACCACUCAUAUACAGUAAGGGUGAAGAUGAUGCAGAUUGGAAGGAGUUUUUACACAAUUUUAGUAUGAAAAGCAGUGCUGGUAAGGAUAGUGAGGAAGACGAUGAAGAUGAUCAUUAUGACCAGUUGUUGGAGGAGGAUGAUGAAGUUGAAGUUGUCAAAUAAGUUAAGGAACCACUGAUUGAUUUUGAGAUUGCAGAGGGUAAAGGGAAGGAAAUUUUUAAUGGCUCGGAAGAUGAUUA